AUGAACAAAAAUUCGGACAAAAAAGAUUGUAAAAGCAAAUGUGGUUAUUAUGAACGAUGCAGAAGUGAAACAGCAAAUAAUUUCCUUCGAUCAUCAGGUUUAAAACAAUUACCACGUGUCUUUGAUAUUGAACAGUUUACGGAAUAUUACCAAACAACAUAUAUUGUUUGUCCAUAUUAUACAAGUCGUUUAUUGAUAAAUGAUAAACAAAUUAUACUUUGUCUAUAUAAUUAUUUUAUUGACUCAUGUGUACGAAAUUCAAUGCAAAUAUCAACUAAUAAUUUAAUCAUUAUUAUUGAUCGGUCACAUUAUAUAAAAGACUGUGUACCUGAAUCCAAUGAAAUUUGA